AAGCCGUCUCAGUCGACGUCGGCGUCGUAACUCGCAAGCCUCAUCAGACGCGCCAAGAACGCCUCUCAAUUCAUUGUUAUGAUAAUCCCCAUGCCAAUUAAGCGCCGAUUAUUAGUCAUGCACUGGAAAGCUGUAAAAUUCUUAAUUUUAAAUCAAUAUUAACUUUAUACUACGCUCUUACGAUCAUCAAAAUUUACACAACGAAAUUUAGUAACACUCGCAACUCCUUCGCAAGCGCAGCGGCACCGCCGACAUUUCUAUACUUGCACCGGUCGUGAACUACAACAAACAUUAACGCUAAAGUAAUCAAUCUUGUGACCGGGUUUUUACUAUAUAUUUUUUAACAGUUAAAGAAAUAAAUACAAAAUGGCGCCGGUGCUCGUUUUUCUCAUUUUCACAACAUUGCCGUUGACUUGGACAUUCUCUACGCAGUAUUAUGGCAACACCAAAUAUUCCGCGCUGCCGAACCACUGUUACUACGAGGAAUUCAAACUAGCGGUGCCGGUCAAUGACACCCUGUAUCCCACAGAUUUAGAAUUUCAAUGCAUAACGGUAUCUUGCCGCUAUGAUUAUGUGCUGGUGAUAAAGCACUGUGACCGCUAUCUGCUACGACAUGGUUGCAUUGAGCAGCCACCCGAUUAUAGUAAGCCUUAUCCUGAUUGCUGCACCCAAAUUAAAUGUGCCGAUUAAAACAAAUUUAAUGUGUUGAUUAUUUUAACUUCGUAUGUGUUUGUAGAAAACAUCUAUUAAUAAAAAAUCAGGAAUUUAGAAAAUAAACAAAUCUUAAUUGCAUGUACAAACAUGUCACUGACGUGAGUAAAAAACCCCGGGUAAUUAAUAAUUAUGAACAGAAAGGCUAAAAAAAUAAUAAAAUCACUUUUAGGAGCAACGCAAGCCUCCAAAAUCUGUGUGUUUGUUUUUUAAAAAAAUACUAACCGCCCUCACCCCACCAUCCUAAGUAGCUGCGAACCAGUUCCAGUUGUUGUGCAAUCUCCUUCGUAAUUGUAAACGAACAGAAUCGCACUGAUAGUUGUACUGUUUGAGCAGGCAACAAAAAUAUUAAGUAUUAAAAAUUAGAAACGAAAACAAAUAUUAACAACAAACAACAAAUCGAAAAGUAUUUAUAAGCGCUGACAUUAAGCCGGCAGCGCACAGUCGUUCUUUGUGUUUUGUCGUGUGUACAUAGUUUUUGCCGUAGAAAUCGCCAAAAGUAGCUAUGAAGUUUGUAGGUGUUGUUGCAUUGUUGUUGGCUUUGGUGUUAGCUGUAUUGCUGGACUGCGCAGUGGCCGCCGAUUGCGAGUAUAGGGGACAAACGGCAAAUAAGGGCGAAAGUUUUCAAAUAAAAGGCGAGUGCAGCCAGUACACCUGCGAUGGACCCGGCGAAAUCUCUGCCAAAACUUGCCCGUCCAUUUUCGCGCCACCAAGUUGCAAGCACACGCCGCAAGACAACUCGAAGCCUUACCCCGCUUGCUGUGAAACGUACGAUUGUUAGUGAUUUAUGCGUACACGUGAAAUUGUUUUUGUGUUUUUUUUGAAAUGUCAAAUAAAAGGACAAAAUUAUGAAAUAUUUAUAGAUUUAACAUAAAA